CCUCAUUCUGUUAUUUUCUUCACUGCGAUAAAUCUCUAUAGAAUUUCAAUUUCUUCAUUUCAGAGUAAUCUUACUGCGAUAACAAUGGCGCCAAAGGCAACAGCAGACAAGAAGGUCGCCGAGAAGAAACCAGCAGAGGAGAAGAAGACCGUCCCCGCCGAGACAACUGCGGCGGAAAAGAAGCCAUCCAAGGCCGGGAAGAAGGUCCCCAAGGACGCCGCCGCUGCCGGCGACAAGAAGAAGAAGAGGCCAAAGAAGAGCGUCGAGACCUACAAGAUCUACAUCUUCAAGGUCCUGAAGCAAGUUCAUCCAGACAUCGGGAUCUCCAGCAAGGCCAUGGGGAUCAUGAACAGCUUCAUCAACGACAUCUUUGAGAAGCUCGCUCAGGAGUCGUCCAGGCUUGCCCGCUACAAUAAGAAGCCGACUAUCACCUCCAGGGAGAUUCAGACGGCGGUGAGGCUUGUACUGCCCGGAGAAUUGGCCAAGCACGCCGUUUCCGAGGGAACAAAGGCGGUGACUAAGUUUACAAGCAGCUGAAGAUCAGUUUAGAUAUAUUGCUCUAGUUGAAGUACCUUUAAGAUUAGGGUUUACUAGUAUGAAGUGGUUUUUUAUGUUUAUGGAAUCUUUUGGAUGUUAAUUUGUUCCUCUAUUGGUUUGUCCACAGGCGAAAUCAAAUAUAAAUUUCUGUUGAUUAUACAUUUCAUUUCUCUGCGUUAUUUGUCAUUUUCAAUUUUGAAAACUAAUAUUUAACCGCAGAAUUUGUGGAUUUGUAAAACCAAUUGAAUGGUUUGUGUGAAGCAAAUCUCAGCUUAAGUUCUAUAUGGAAUGUUCGUUUAUCGUUUUCAACCUUUGUCUGAAUUACGUAUGCUGUGGGAUAGACCAAUUUCAAUUGUAUAGUCGAAUAUCUGGCUGAUUUGAAUGAUGUUUUAAGAAGUUUAUCAUUUCUCCAUCUUGAAGCUUGUGUUUGUUCAUGAAACUGGAAAAACAUCAGUAUAGAUUAUGUAUACUACCAAAAUGCUUAUGUUGCUUACAGGAUUUGUUGAAACUUUGCCCUUUCAAUUUCACAUUUGGUCUCUUGCUCAUUUAGAGUCUUUAUAUUGUGGGGAACCUGUUAUAAUGAAAUUAUUGAAACCAAUUUUAAGCUUUU